AUGAGAUUUAUACCCAAUUGGAUACAGUUGGCAACGAAUCUUGAUGUCGACGUGAAUGUCAUUAAAAGACUUGGGCAGUACAGUGACUACAGUCCUACCAUCCGAUUGUUUGAAUUCCUCGAGGUCACACAACCGGAUUUAACGAUUAAACAACUAAAAGACGCGCUACUGGAGAUCAGGAGGAACGACUUGUUUAGUUUGCUGUCCACGAAAGGUAUGUUGAGUAGAGCAUCUUUAACGCGUGCAAUAGUAGAAGGAUCUAUUCCGAUUUAAAAUUUUUUAUCACAUUAACAAAUUGCAGCAUUUAAAUAACCUCCUUUCAUUAUUAGGUGAUAGCGCUAAACUAUUUAGCCUCAAAAGCUUUUAAGCGACUCACUUGUUCUUCUGAAACAAUCACUAAGAGAAUAAUACUUUUGUCUCCCUCACGCGAAAGUAUCUCCAAAAUUUUCUUUUCUAGUUUGCAGCUUGGUUGCUUCCAAAAAUAUCGAAACGCCUGUAACUUCUUCGAGUAACAUACCUCUGAGGGAUUAUUAAACUGUGAGAUUGAGGUUUUCUCCCAAGUUUCAACCAUUUAGUACGAAAAGGUUUUCGAAUUUUCCUCGGGUGGGACUGGGUUUGAUCACCGGCAUUACAGUUCUGCCGUCACGAUCAAAGUGAUGACAAAUAAUGUGAAAUAGGCGUAAUGCUAAAAAACGAAAUAGUGCCAAAACAUGUGACGUAUAUUCCUCUCUCUUAGCCGGGUGCAUUGACUCUGAAAAAGUAAAAGACAUAAUCACGUCGCGAAAUAUUCAAGCUCCUUCGCCAACAGCUGGGCUUUUAGAUGAAAUUGCAUUGGCCCUAGACGUCACCUCUCUGGUAUUGUCAAGCUGGUCCAACUUGGCAAUAAAACUGGACGUGCCAAGAAAAACUUGUUGGGAGUUUGAACGACGUUCAACAGAUGAUCCAACCCACAAUCUAUUGCAUUAUUUAAUUACUACUUGUCCAGAAAUGAAACUAAAAACUCUGAAGGAUGCCCUGGAUUCCAUCAAAAGGAAGGAUGUACUAAAAAUUCUACAAGAACAGAAUCAAGGAGGUACUUACCGUAAACAUUAAUUUACCCCAGACAGAGUAAGUUAUGAUCUUUUGGGCUCCAGGAAAAAACUAGCAAAACCUUGGUAACGGUGAAGACUGUCUAGUGUAGCCUUGGGCCUAACUCUGUUAAAAAACAUGGACUUUUCUUUGGAUUUCUCUCUGAAAUAUGAAUUGCUACAUAAAUGCAGAUGUCAGUUUUCCGAUGAGGGAUCAAGCAGUAUUUCCAUGGUUUCCCUGUCAACAACUAGAGACAUUAUCAGACAUAACUUGCCUCUUGAUUUUAAUCAAGAUUUUGAUUUGAAACAUAAAUGCCAAGAUCUUAAAAGUUCUUGGCAUUUGUGAAUCGAUGAACUGAAAGAUAAGUGAAAUAACAGUGUAAAGUUUUCGAUUUACCGAUGUUUUUUCCUUUGUAGAUGAAGUAUUUCUGAAGGACGUAAUGGCACAAAAACCGGAACUUGUAGAAACAAUAGCAGAAAACCUUAACCGCGAAGAAGUACCAGGCGUCAAAAACUGGAUCCAUCUCGCCAGCAAACUGAACGUGCCCGAUGAUGUGCGUCAGGAAUUUGGUGCGACCGAACAAAAGCGGAAAAGUCCCACCAAGGAAGUUAUUCAAUGGGUGGCCGUUAACUUACCGGAGAAAACAUUAAGUGACGUCGCAAAUGCGUUGGACAGGAUCCAGCGUAACGAUGCUAUUCAGAUUAUAUCGAAGCAAUUUCCAGACACAGUUGGUGAGUAAUCACUUUGAGAAUGGUUCGUUUUACAUAUAAUGAUAAUCAUAGUAACAGUAAUUUAGCAGUGGACAUUCCUCUCGAUGGCUCUUCCUGUCCUCUAUUUCCUAGUCGAAAUGGAAUUUGGAAUGUUAGUUUUUGUAGAGGGACCCAGAGAAAAACCCUCGGAGCAAGGAGGACAACCAACAAAACUUUUAACCCGGAGAUAUGAAGCCAGAUCCGGAAUUCCGGGAAUCCGGGCCAGAUCCAGGCCACAGCGGUGGGAGCCAAGCACUAUCACCACUGCGCCAUUCCCACUCCACUGUUAAUUACACAAACAAACUAUUAAUUCAGUGGGUCCAAAAACUAUUUGCAAUUGCUACUUAUGCCAGUCUACAUACGAUCUCUUGCUUCGUGAAGAGUGUGAUAAGUAUCCAUUUAAUCGUACUUGCCAUUAUUGUGCACCCUAAUCGCAGUUUCUGUUUAUCGUUUUUUCCAGAAUCAACUUUGGAGCGAUUUGGUUGUUCACCACAAGACAGUUUCAUAAUGCCUGAUCCCACAGGUCAGAAUUUAUCCACCAGCUACAAAUUGAAGGAGAAGGUUUCUCUUCCAAAGGAAGGUAAGUGGAAAACACUGAUUUUACUGUGUAGAGUGCAUGAUCCAAUGUAGUAACAAUGAAAUUUCUUGAUAAGAUUGAUAAAGAAAGCAUAAUAUUUAGGAUGAACAUCACAGUGUUAGCCAUUGCUUACAGAGAGAUUUUCCACUAGUUGUCCAAAAAAAAGGUUACCUGAGCUCUACCGUGCACUAGGCUACAGCUGAUUUUUGCGAGAAAUGCUGUGAAUUAGAGGACUGAUUUGCUGUACAUCUGGUGCCCUAUAGAUAUGGUUAGGUAGAAAAAGAUUAUUUUACCUAAGUAUUCCAGUCUCAAAAAACUGUUCUACAUUUCAGUAGCUGCAGACGUAAGGGAACAUUCAGGUCACUUCGGAACAUUGCCUGAUCAAAUAGAUUUAGUGGGCCGUAACGAAACCUGCGAAAGGAUCAUAACUGCCUUGUCUUUAAACAAGGUGGUUGAAAUUGUGGCGCCACCUGGAUAUGGGAAAACCUCUAUGGUAAUAGAAGUCGCCCAUCGGUUGAUCAACGAGAAAAAGUUAAUCGCUUAUGUUAAUCCAAGAGGUGUCACUUGUGUAGAAGACUUGGCAAGCGAUAUCAUCGAAGCUUUAGGUUUUGUUCCCAGCGAAGAUACUAUCACUGAGGCAACUCGUCGCAUACGUGCCUUAAAAGCAAAGUCAACGGUGCUUCUUAUCGAAAACAUUGACAACUUACUUCACCUCGAGACUCAAGUUCGCAAGGAUAAAUACCUGCAAGAGCUGAACUCCAAAAAUUAUUGCACCAAAAUGCGCGGAAAAUUUACAAAGGAUGAAUUCUUGUCAUUUCUAAAAGACAUAGGGGAAUGCCCAACAAUUCAUCUUGUUCUAACAUCUAGAGAAUUCUAUGAUUUCAGUGUGUCUUUCCCUAUUGAGCUGAUUGAUUUAGAGCCUCUGAAAGACAAUGAUUCAGCUACUUUGUUCAAAAAGUGUGACGACAAACUGGACGAAGGCUUGAUAAAUGAGCUGGUCAGAGUUUGUGGCGGCAUUCCUCUCAUUAUCUGUACUGUUCGCUCAAUUCUUAGAAGAGAAAAUCCAGAGAGGUUCACCGAAAGACUUACCACAUGUUCACCUCAAACUCUUCGUAAACUACUGAGCCCUGACUUUCUAGCGAGUGAGGAACGCAUCUACAAGUGUCUACAGAUCUGUUUUAAUCGCUUCAGUGACGAGAACCAGAAGAUAUUUGUAAUGUUCUCAACAUUUCCGAACGGAUUUACGGAAGAACAAUUUCACGCGUGCUUCAAGUCUUCUGUUGAAGGUGAUCUGCAGAUGUCUCUUAAUUGCUUGAAACAAAGCAGCCUCCUAAACUUUGACAGAAAUAACUGUCUUUACUCUCUACAUCCUUUUAUAAGAAACUUUUUUUCAUCAAUGCCUGAACACAAAGAUGCCAAAUCAGUCUUCUUACGUCACUACAGUGAUUUGAUUGUUUCUCUUUGCAAAAGAUUUUUGAGUGCUGAUACGAAGUCUGCAAUUAAUCGCUACAGAUGUGAAAAGGACAACGUUCGAGAGGCUAUGGCUUGGUGUGGAAAUGAUCAUCCUGAGCUUGAACAAACCGUGAGGGAGCACUGCGUUACUGCUUUCAACGAAGCCGCCGUAUUUCUCGCAAAGAUGAUGCGAAAACAAGAGUUUGUUUCCCUCUUUUGCAAGUUUGCGUAUCGAUGUCAACAUGACAGGCAUCUAUUGAGUGCCUGCUUGACAAACAUUGGAGUUAAAAUAGUUUUAAGCUGCACAUGCAAACCGUACAUUUUCCCUAGAGCGUUAUAUCAAGCGAAGAGAUUUUUGGCACGUGCUAAGCAAAUCCACUCAGAGCUUACUGACGUGAAUGAAGCUACGCGCGCCCACUGCUUGAGUAAGCUUGGAUUCUGUUGUGUUCGAGAGGGACGCAUUAACGAAGGAUAUGACUAUCUCAACGAGGCCAUAGAAUUAAGAACAAAGAGAGAAAAAAAAUCAGAUGAGACCCAGGACAUAGUCAUGUUAGGAGCGUGUUAUAAUGAUAUAGCAGGUUGGGAAAAAAUGGUAUAUUUCUUACUCACCUAUAUUUUAUUUUCAUGGAAGGACACUCUCCAGUGAGGAUGCACUACAAUUAGUUAUGUUGGCUGUCUCACCUAUUUAUUAUAAGCAAGUUUAGUUAGGAUCUCAAAAAGGACCUUGCAUGAGCUUUACGGUGCUUCAAAAAAGAAAUUUACGAGUAGGUCGAUCUCUGAGAUCUUGGUAAAAAAAAACCACACAUAUAUUCAUUAAAAACGAGGUCAAUCCGACAAGGUUGAGCCCUUGUUGAAUUUUUCUUCUCAUUUACGUGUGUUUCGUUUCAGCUUCUCUGAUGGUGCAAAGGAAACACAUGUGUGCUAUUCAAACAAGACUCUGCUAUGUGCUUCCUCUCUAUGAACAGAACCUCGGGGAGCAUCCUUUCACGGCAACAACACUCGACUGGAUUGGCAACAGUUACCACGCCUUGGGUGACUACGAAAAUGCUGUUAAAUAUAUCGGUAAAUCAGUUGAAAUGAGAAAGCAACUGCUGGGGCACCAUCAGGAAACUGCGAGGUCUCUUCAUGAUUUGGGAGUGGCUUGCAGCGAGAAAGAAGAUUACCUAAGGUAAUAUGAGUAGAAGCAUUGCUACUUAUGCCCAAAUAUCCCAUUAGUCAUUCCUAUAUUAAUUAUUCUCAGGCCUGAUGUCAUCUUAGGAAAGUGGCUUAGUACAAUGUGUUCAGUUGAAUGACUGAGAUGCCAACUAAAGCAUAUCGUUAUCUUAAAUAUCCAUUUUUCAGACGAAAGAUGUCAUUCUCUUUUAUUGGGAUCUGCGUUUUAGGUGGAUUACAGCCAUGCGGAAUACUUAACAAACUGUUCUCAUAGUCUUUAUCAAUGAUUCAUCCAUGAGAAAUUAAAGUAAAGCAGAUUAACAUUUGAUGCUUCUCAAUCUUAUAGCGCCCAUAGAUAUCUUAAAGAGGCAAUUGAUUUACAAGAAGAAGUAUCAGACACACAUCAUCAACUGAUUCACACUCACCAAGACAUGUCAAUUGCUCUGCGUGGUCUCGGAAGAAACAGCGAGGCAGAGGAAGAAAUGACACGUGCUGCGGAGUGCGCAAAAAAAUUGGAAAAGGAAGAAAAAGAAGAAGAAAAAGAUUGGAUGGAUUUCUCAUGAACAGAAAUAAGAUUUUGAAAAAGGGAUCUUUCACACUGUAAGGAAGCAAAACAAUCUUUUGAUUGAUCGAUGGGCUCUCGUGAACACUUAAUCAGCGCAGUGACUCGCUAAGUCCGUCCUUUCUUAGACCUCCAUACGUGUGUAUCAGUUAUUCGAAACUUUGGAAGAACCCCUGUUAGAUUCUUGUCGGUGAGUGGCUGUAAUCAGCCAAUUUUUAAGGUUUUUUUUUCGAAAAAGGAAGAUAUUUAAUUUUACAUCACAUGCUACAUCCUGUUAUCUUCGUGAAGAGCUUCCGAGUGUGAUAAGUAUCCAUUUAAUCGUACUCACCAUUAUUGUGCACCCUAAUCGCAGUUUCUGUUUAUCGUUUUUUCCAGAAUCAACUUUGGAGCGACCUGGUAUUUCACCACAGGACAGUUUCAGAAUGCCUGAUCCCACAGCCGACUUUCAAGUUUUUUUCGAAAAAGGAAGACAUUUAAUGUUACAUCCUAUUCUACAUCCUGUUAUCGAGCAGAGGUUAACCUUCAAUUGUGUUGGCAAGUUGACAUUUCCCAAAUUCAUACUGGUUCUCAACAUGACAAACCAAAAACCCACAUUGUUGAUAACUCUUAACAAAAAAAUCAUCGUUAGUUAAAUUGAGCGAUCAGGUAGAAAUAGUAAAAAGUGUUGAAGAAACAUUUUUAUCGUAUUUUGCCUGAGGAAAUUGUCAAAUAAAUGAUAAAAAUGUGGCGACAAAGAAGCGCUCGGCAGAGGCUAAGUUUGAAUUAAAGGUACAGGUAAAUUGUCCAACAAGUUGUUUUUUGCAUUAAAAGUUUACACAUAAAUAAAGGAUCCCUUGCCUCAAGUAGCCGUUACCAAUAUUAACAUCAUCAUCAUCAUCAUUUUAAGCUGAUGGCAAAGUUCAAAGCUAG